AUGACAUCCGAGAGAGCAUCACUUGAAGGCCUUCCGGAUGAGCUUCUCUUAGGGAUUCUUUUCCACCUCCGCACCAUCCGCUCUUUUGGAAUAUAUUCACCAACUUUUGACGAGAGCAAGGAGAAGGCACGCCAACAGGAAAAUCGCCUACGUCAGCUAUCACUGUCCAACCUUUGCCGCACUUCCCGCCAUUUAAAUCGUCUUACUAUUCCUGCUCUUUAUGCCGCAUUUACAGGAUCCUCGACAUGGCCCGGCAUAGGGUCUCUUAGACGCUUCCACCAGGAAAUAACAGCACCAAGGGGCUCCCUCGGUGGAGACUCCACAUACGCUAGUCAUCUCCAGUAUGUAGAAAACCGAUUCUCCGACUACCAAGGCAACGAUCAUUUCGCAAACUUGGACGAUCCUAGCGACUUAUACAUGCUAAAGGAAUACUUUUCCCUACUAGCUGGCAUCAUCAAUGCUGCCCCGAACUUGCAGCACAUCUCUGUGGCCAACGUAGAGACCAGUGAUGUCUCUUUUUUGAAACAUGUCUUACGUGAGGACAGCGCGGGAACUUCUGGUUGCACAAUAGUUGCCGACCACGGUCUUAGUCGGCUGCAGACCUUAUUUGUCGAGAUGGAAAUGGAUGAAGAGUGGGGACUCAGAAAACUCAGAGAAGCAUCUAUUUACAGUAUUUAUUCUGCAUUGGCAUCUUUACCGUCGCUCUCUGAUUUCCGAGUUGCUGGGGCUAGAAUGACUCCAACCAUUGGGCCAAAAGUGAACGUUGGUCAGUUCAGAAACCUGCAACGCCUUGAAAUUACUCAUUGCCUUAUGGAAAUGUCGCAAAUGAACAUCAUUCUAUCAGCUUGCGAGGGGCUUCGGCACAUUGUUUGCCACUGGGAAUGGCUCGAGUCCGACAAGACAGUAGACGUCUUGAGGCCGGGACUACGAAAACAUUCCCAUACGUUGGAAACUCUUUCCCUGGAUUUUCGUGGAGUCCAAUGGAUGAGUGAGAGUUAUGGAAAUUCUGGAAGCAUUGGGUCGCUACGACAAUUUGACCAUUUGCAUACAUUGGAAAUAACUGAUACAUACUUUCUGACUAGAUUUGAGUAUGGCCCAAACGGACAUUACCGAGCGCCUACUUCCAAAGUCGCCGAAUUGUUGCCAUUGAGUCUCAAGAUGUUGAACUUGUUUGUCGACAUUGCUGACUCUCCGGGAUUUGCGAAUAGCUUGGAUGAUUCGGAUAGUCUGUGGGAUUUGUCUGCAGCCUGCAACUCAUCUUUAAUAAACUUGUCGGCGAUUACUGUUGAGGGCAUCGGUCCCAACGAUAACAUCGAGACGCUCAUGAGUUCUUUCGAGCAAGCUGGGGUACUUUGCGAAUUCAUUGUCGACUGA